CUGAUUGGUCUGCAACCUUUCUCGCAAAGCAUUCUGGUCCUACAACAAGACAUGAAACAUGGCGGAGCCAGAUGAACCCAUGGUGGUGAAUGGGGGCAGCGGAGACCAGUGUGAGUGGGGUGGUCGUUGGGAUCAUGUCAAGAAGUUCUUAGAGAGACCCGGACCCUUCACACACCCUGACUUUGAGCCGAGCUCAGAGUCUCUUCAGUUUUUGCUGGAAACAUGCAAAAUUCUUGUCAUUGGUGCUGGAGGACUUGGGUGUGAACUUCUCAAAGAUCUGGCUUUGUCAGGGUUUCGGCACUUACAUGUCGUGGAUAUGGAUACCAUUGAUGUGUCAAACCUCAAUCGACAGUUUCUCUUUAGACCUAAAGACGUGGGAAGACCUAAGGCAGACGUAGCAGCGGAUUUCAUCAACAGCCGUGUUCCUGGGUGUUGCGUUGUACCACAUUUCAAGAAGAUUCAAGACUUUGAUGAGACAUUUUAUCGGCAAUUCCACAUAAUCGUUUGUGGUCUGGACUCCAUCAUUGCCAGGAGAUGGAUGAACGGAAUGCUGAUGUCCCUGCUGGUCUACGAGGAUGGCGUUUUGGACCCCAGUUCCAUCAUCCCUUUCAUUGACGGUGGGACUGAAGGCUUUAAGGGAAAUGCCAGGGUCAUCUUGCCCGGCAUGACCGCCUGCAUUGACUGCACCCUGGAACUCUAUCCCCCACAGAUAAACUUCCCCAUGUGUACGAUUGCCUCAAUGCCGAGGUUACCUGAACAUUGUGUGGAAUAUGUCCGUGUUCUUCUAUGGCCCAAGCAAAAGCCCUUUGGAGAGGCCGUUGCCCUGGACGGAGAUGACCCUGAACAUAUCCAGUGGGUGUUUGAGAAGUCUCUGGAGCGGGCGGCAGAAUACAGCAUCACAGGAGUGACCUAUAGGCUCACUCAAGGUGUUGUGAAGAGGAUCAUCCCUGCUGUUGCCUCUACAAAUGCUGUUAUUGCUGCAUCUUGCGCAACAGAAGUAUUCAAAAUUGCCUCAAGUGCCUACAUUCCUCUGAACAAUUAUCUGGUGUUUAACGACGUUGAUGGGCUGUACACCUACACCUUUGAGGCAGAGCGGAAGGAAAACUGUUCUGCCUGUAGCCAGGUUCCUCAGGACCUGCAGUUCCCUUCCUCUGCUAAACUGCAGGAAGUGCUGAACUACCUGACGGAGAGUGCCUCACUACAAAUGAAGUCCCCUGCAAUCACUGCCACCGUCGAGGGCAAGAACAAAACCCUUUACUUACAGACGGUUGCCUCCAUUGAAGAGAGAACGCGUCCAAAUCUCAGCAAAACCAUUAAAGAACUUGGAUUAUCAGAUGGACAAGAACUGGCCGUAGCUGAUGUGACCACACCACAGACAGUGCUUUUCAAACUGCACCUCACCUCAUAGGAUAAACUGGCCAUCCAUAGAGUUGACUUGUAAUAUAUAGUCUCCCUAAAUUGCAAUGUGGAGCACAGAUCCAAGGACAACAAAUACUGAUAACAUGGUAAAAGUGUGUUUGAAUGCAAUUAUGUAAAUGCGUCAGUUUUGAGAUGUGUAAACAGCAUUUUGUUAUUAUUGCACAUCCCAAAGGAACCCACAUUGAAACUGCGACUUUGUAACUGCACAUUGGAACUGUUUGUAAAAAAUAUGUGUUGCGACACAGUAGUCUUUUGAAUGCACUGCAGCAUCUGCACUGGGAUGACACAGGAGAACUCAUUUGUGUUUUUAUGUUGGUUUUUUUUCUGUUUUGUGCAAGAUUUCUAUUUAUUGUAAAUGUUUGGUGUGUGGCAUCCUUUGUAGUUGAAUGCUUCUUUAUGUGGACAAGGAACAACCAGCAGAAAGAAGAAAAACAUUUGUAGGAAUUAAAAUGUCAUCUUUUGACAUA